AGGGGGCUACACCGCGCUUGAGUUGAGGGGUCCCGUCUUUAGAAGUGUGUUUGCGUGUGAGAAAUGAUGGGCUGUUGGGCCUAGCCUCUCCUCUCCUUCCUCGGGGAUUCUCGGAGGAAGAAGGAGUGAUAGAUGCCCAACAUUGAUGAAAGCCAGCAGAGAAAUGAAGCGCCUCUUCGUGGGUGGACUUGGACAGGGCAUUUCUGAGACAGACCUGAAAAAUCAGUUCAGCAGAUUUGGAGAGGUUUCCGACGUGGAGAUCAUCUCUAGGAAAGAUGGCCAAGGAAAUUCACAUAAAGUCUUUGCGUAUGUUAACAUCAAAAUAACAGAAGCGGACCUGAAAAAAUGUAUGUCUAUUUUAAACAAAACAAAAUGGAAAGGUGGAACACUACAAAUUCAGCUAGCAAAGGAAAGCUUUUUACACAGAUUAGCCCAAGAAAGAGAAGAGGCAAAGAAAGAAAAAUCAACCACUGGUAGCACCACCUUUUUGGAAAAGAUGGGAGGAAUAGACUUCCAUAUGAAAGCUGUGCCUGGAACAGAGGUACCAGGACAUAAAAAUUGGGUUGUGAGUAAAUUUGGAAGAGUCUUACCUGUUCUUCACCUUAAGAAUCAACAUAAACAUAAAAUUAUGAAAUAUGAUCCAUCAAAGUACUGCCACAACCUAAAAAAGAUAUCGGAGGAUUUGACAGAACCCAUUCCCAUAUCUGACCUCACUUGGGAAUUGGAAGGAGGCAAUGACCCUAUGAGUAAGAAACGUCGAGGAGAGUUUUCUGACUUUCAUUUCCCUCCCCAGAAGAUCAAGAAAGUACAGAAGAGCAAGGAUCCCAUGGAGUCCAAAGUUUCUGGCAUUAGUCUAAGGACUAAUCAGGUGAUGGAAAAUAACAAAUCAGCACAGCCUAUGACUACACACAGGACAGCCGCUGGUACUAUUACUCCUUCUAAAUCAUGCCUUGUGUCCAGUUCUGGUACUCAGAAACCUAAACAUGUGGGUUUUCAUACUUCUGACUUUGAAAUUAUCCAGAAUAAAAGUAGCAUGUCUGAUGAUGACGUUGACUCAGAAGAUGAAUUAAAAAUGAUGAUUGCAAAAGAGGAAAACUUACAGAAAACUAGGCAUUGCUUAGUAAAUGAAUCUGAAAAUGAUUCUUUUGAAGUUGUAAGGGAUGAUUUCAAAUCAAAUAUUCACAAACCUCAUUCUUCAACCAGUUUAGGAAAUAAUUGUGAAUAUGACUCAAGCGAUACAGAUGAAAUUAUUGCAAUGAAAAAAAACACUGGUAAGGUCAAAAACAGUACAGAAUUUUCACAACCUGAAAAGCCUAUAAACAAGAAAAGUUCUUCUAAAAAUAUAGAGCCUUCUAAUGAUUGUAUUAAAGUACAAAAAACUAAAAUCAACAAUGAAUCAGCUCCGCAUCACAGAGUAAAGUUUUUGAAUCCUGUAUUUCCACCUGACUCUGAUGUCAGUGACAGUGAAGAGUCUGAGGAAGAUGAAGAAUAUAAAGCCUUGAUGAAAAACUGUCCCCGUUUGAGUCUCACUCUGGCUGAUUUGGAGCAGCUGGCUGGCAGUCAUCAGAAGGUUCCAGGAAAAGAUGAGAACAGUGGCCCACAAAAUACCAAUCACUGCAAAUUUGACACAACCUCCAAGAGUCCCAAGACUUCUGGUGACGUGUACGAUGGCCGACAGUGCAUUCUUCCUGAGGAGAUUGUGGCCUCCCUUUUAGAGGAAGAGAGCACUUGUAGCAAACAAAAACCAGAGGAAAACACAUUAAAGCCCAAAUUCCAGGCCUUCACAGGAAUAGGCUGUCUCUAUGCAAAGGACUCAGUGGGCAAGACUUUGAAAGAGACUGUUGCCGUCAGUACUGUCAAUGAACAUCAGAAUUCUUUGAAACACGAAGUUCCCAAUAGAAGUUUUAUAGAAAAUGGAUCCACGUGUGCUAAUGGUUCAUCAAGCAAACUGACUUCAUGCCAACCUGCAAAGGUGAACAGCCCAAACCACAUUCAGCCUCCAAAAAGACAGUAUUCUUUUGAGAGCCAGAGCCAUCAAGUAAUGUCCUCUACUAGUUUUGACAAGGGAAGUAAAAAUUCUCUCUCAUGUCUGUUGCCAUUAAAAGCUAAAAAGUCCCUAUGUCUUAGUGCAAACAGCCACAAGACAGACUCUGAUGGAGACACUUGCCAUCAGUCUGGAAGUAGAAAAACUUCAGAGAAACAGGGGUCUGAGUUAAGCAACCUCACAUCUUUUGAGAAACCACCAGAGGUGUCUCCCAGGAAAGACUCCCAGAAAAGCACAGCUGGUUUCUCACUUGGUGAUUCAUGUAUGAAUACUAAUGACAAACAUGCUGAAGAUAAUCAGAAGCGAUUGGCAGCCUUGGCAGUGCGGCAGAAAGCCAGAGAAGCACAGAAGAAACUGGUGCACAAUGCACUGGCAAAUUUGGAUGGUCAUCUAGAAGACAAAAAAACACACAUUGUCUUUGCUUCUGAUGAUGAAAGUGAAACAGAAGACACAACCACUCAGGUGCAAAGCUGUCCAGGAGAGGAGCUGGUGAAAGAGUCCCUGAGUAAAGCAUCUGGGAAGCUGUUUGACAGCAGUGAUGAUGAAGAGUCGGAGUCCUUGGAAGACAGCACCAGAUUCAACAUUAAACCUCAGUUUGAGGGCAGAGCUGGCCAGAAGCUCAUGGAUUUGCAGUCUCAUUUUGGAAGUGAUGAGAGAUUCCGCAUGGACUCUAGAUUUUUAGAGAGUGACAGUGAAGAGGAACAGAACGAGUUAAAUGAAAAUAAGAUGCAUGAAGAUGAGCUUGCUGCAGAAAGAAAGAAAAGCCUGAAUGUUGUCCAAAGUGUUUUGACCAUCAGUUUGAACAACCCUACCAGCAAAGGAUCAGGAGCUGCUAAGAAAUUUAAGGACAUCAUACAUUAUGAUCCAACAAAGCAAGACCAUGCCAUUUAUGAAAGAAAACAAGAAGAUAAAGAAAAAGACAGUAAAGCGAAACGGAAGAAGAAAAGGGAAGAAGCUGAGAAGCUGCCUGAGGUAUCCCAAGACAUGUAUUACAACAUCGCUACAGAUUUGAAGGAAAUAUUCCAAAGCGUGAAAAGCACAGAUGAAAAGGAAGGUGACGUGCCCUGGAAUGAGGAUUGUGGCAGACAGGAAGCUGAGGAAAUGAGGAGUGCUGUAACACUGACAAGUGGGCCAGAGCAGACCAGGGGCUUCACGUUCUCUUUCUUUGAUUCAGAUACUAAAGAAAUAAAGGAAGACACAUAUAGAAUUGAACCAGUGAAACGUGGGAAGGUGGUUUGUCAGGAAGAUCCCCGAUUCCAAGAUAGUAGUUCAGAAGAAGAGGAUGUUACUAACGAAGACGAUCACAGAAAGGCCAGCCUGGGAGAAGCAUUUCCUGAGAAAGAGACCACUAGAUUUUUCUUUUUCUCUAAGAAUGACGACAGACUUCUUGGUUCUAACUUAUUCUGGAGUGGUGUGGGAAGUAGUUUUAGCAGAAGUUCUUGGGAAGCCCGAACAAAUAGUCUCCUUUUGGAUUGUCGGAAGAAACACAAAGAAGCCAAAAGGAAGCUGAAAGCAAAUUAAUCAAGGUCAGCUUCAGUUUUGGAAUUGAAUGUGCAGAUAGGUCACCAGAUCUUCAAAAAAAUUAACUGAGAAAACUUCACUGACAAGGAAGAAAUUUUGUAGUGGAAGAAUAUUCAAAGCCUGGAUGGUGAUAUAUCAUUCUGAUUACUAUUUGUUUUUGUGGAAAUCUUCUGUAUUUCUUCCUUUGUGACUAUGUCCCAAGAUUAACUCAGCCAGCUGUGGUGACACACACUUGUAGCCUCAGCACUUUAGAAGGGGUUGGGGGAGGGUAUUUACGCCCUGAGUUUUAGAUCACGCACAGCAACACCCACUUCAGAACAGUACUCAUGCUUGUUCCUCAUCCUAAGUAACUAGUGGCUAUCUGUUGGUGGGAGGCUUACAUGAAACCAUGUUUAAUAAAUGGUUUCAUGAGCUGGGCACAGCGGCGCACACCUGUAAUCCCAGCACUUGUGGGGGCAGAGGCAGUGGAUCUGUGUGAGUUCAACACCAGCCUGGUCUACAAAGUGAGUUCAGGACAGCCAAAGCUACACAGAGAAACCCUGUCUUGAAAAACCAAAAAAAGGAAAGGAAGAAAGAAAAAAGAAAGAAAACAAAACAAACAAAUAAAUGGUUUCAUGUACUUGUUUAUAUAUUUCUGACUAUAGUAAAUAUUCUUUACCUCUAAUUUGUCUUUUUAAACUGAUUUACAAGUUAACUUUUGAGUUCUGUACUUACAUUCUGAUGAUAAAUUAAA